AUGGUUUUCUGUGAGCGUGGCUAUGAUCCCUAUAAUCCCGAUCUUCCGAGGCCGUCGCUGCAAGUGGAGAAUGGUGCUCUGGACGACAUUACGGACAUGACGCCCGGCAUUCUGGAGCUGGAAUUGGUCAACAAGGCCAUCGAGGCCGUCAAAAACGAAGUUGAGAGAGAGCAGAAGAAGUAUGAGGAGCUGUUAGAAACGACAAAGGAAUUUGGCGCUUCAGAGGCCUCUUCCUUUAUUUCCCAAACGUCCAUAUCAGCUGCUGUGACAGAAACUGAUUCUUUUAUCUCCUUAGAGUAUAAUCCAGGUAGCUACAACUUAAAUAACACAGACUACAACCCUACUCCUCUAGCUGCUGCUAGCCAGUCCAGUAAAUACACUUUGGACACUUCCCGAUCCAAGGGGAGCUCAUUGGAAUACGUCCCGAAGGCCGUAGCACAGACUAAAAAAUACAGUUGCUCAGUCACUAACAAUAAAUAUGUGAUCGACGACUCCAAACCUUCCACAGACUUGGAAUAUGACCCGCUUUCGAAUUACUCGGCCAGGCUCUUGAGCAAAGGCACAACGAAGGAGCCCAAGGGGUCUAAAAGGAGUAGGGUGCCUAGUUAUGAGGAGUGUUACUGUCCUUCGCCAAAGAGGCUCUGUGAAGAUCCCGAUGACUACGGGGUGUGCGCCAGGUUCUCCUCCUCUGAAGAUGAGGCCGAUGCGGAAUAUAAGCCGACUUCUGUUAGUUCACAAUCAAAAGCUGGUUCUGAAAGUGAAUCAAACGACGGGUUAUCCAACAAAGAGCAGAGCACCAGAGCGGACGACUCGGCUUCCCAAGAAAUGGCAGUGCAAUUUGACUUGGAAGGCCUUCCAAGCUCGCAGAAAAACGUGGCCAAAAACGUGUCAGAAAAGAAUGCAAAAGCAGCAAAAUUGGGUUCUGGCAAGAAUGAGCAGGACAUUGAAAAUAAAAACAAAGACUCGAAAGACAAAGCAAAAAAGAAGAAACCGGAUCUUAGUAAAACACCUAGCCUCAACGAGGCUGGUAAGAAAGAGAAAAGUAAAAAUACAGAAAAAGACAAAAUGGGCAAGAAAGAAGAAAAGGUAAAAAUAAAAAACGAGGAGAAAAACUGUAAAGAGAAAAGCAGCAAAGUCAAAACUGAUGGGAAUUUAAAAAAAAAUGAAAAGCAAAAAUCAGAAAAAGUGGAUGGGCUUAAGAAAGAAAAAUCCAAGUCCCCUAGCAGCAGUUCAGGGAAAAGCAAGAAUGAGGGUGUCAUCAAAGGCUCUAGCACAGAGAAGCUGGGGAGCAGCAAGAAAGACUCCAAAGUGAAAACAGCUGACUUGAAAAAUGGUAAAGAAACCUCUGGUCGUAAAAACAAAGACAAAGGGACCAAAGCUCCAGCACUGGAACGAAAGAAAGACAAGGACAAUUCUAAAGAAAAAGGGGAUCCAAAGAAGGGUCGGAAGCAACGGAGUUUGAGUCACGUUGAUCUCUUUGGGGACGAGAGUGGGGAUGACGAUGACAAAGGGCGACCUUUGCCGUCCACACUCCUUGAUGUGAGCUCGGACUCGGACGGCGACGACUGUCGUUCGGACUCUCAGAGUGAAAAUGAAGAGAUGAAGAGUGUGAAGCGCUCCAAAUUGUCAAAGUCAUCCUCUUCUUCCUCAACGUCUGAUGACAUUGACUAUUCCAUUCUAGAGAAGGACUUGGACUUUGAGUCGGAUCCAAUGGAAGAGUGCCUCAGGAUUUUUAAUGAGUCUACAGACGUGAAAACUGAAGACAAGGGAAGGCUGAAGAAGCAGCUAUCCAGAGAGGAAGGAAGUGAAGAAAAGACAGAAGAUACUUUGACUACUCUAUUUCCCGGCCAAAAAAGAAGGAUUUCUCAUCUUGUCAAACAAGGAAAUGCGGAGGUCCCCGGCAAGCCCGUAGCCCGGCCGCCCCGGCCGCCCACGGCGCAGGAGGUCUGUUACCAGAGGAUCCGGCUGGCUCAGCAGCAGGCGGCACAGCUGGCUGUGGCCGUUCAAAAGGCCUCUCUUUCUUUGCCAGGAGAGAAGAAGAGGAUUGCCCACGUGCCCAACGCAGCCCUCGCCGCCGCAGCCAGGCAGAGCCCUGCGGGUGGUAAGAAGACUGUUCCUGCCAAGAAUGUCACAGUGCCCAGUGACUCUGAAGCAGCCACCCUUUCUCUGAAGGCCUGCACCUUGGCUGGGAUGGCCUCCAAGACCACCAGCACCACGGUGCCGAAAAGGAUAGCGCACGUGCCCUCCCUGCAGAGCACCACUUUACAGAGGCCGGUUAUUCCCACAGAAUUUGGGGCUAAAGUCCCAACAAACAUCCGCCAAAGAUAUCUCAAUCUGUUCAUUGAUGAGUGCCUGAAGUUCUGCUCCUCCUCCCAGGAAGCGUUUGACAAGGCUCUGUCCGAAGAGAAGGUGGCCUACGAACGCAGCACGAGUCGGAACAUCUACCUGAACGUGGCGGUGAACACCUUGAAGAAGCUCAGGAGCCUCGUGCCCAACUCCCCGUCCAGCACGAACAAGGCGAGUAACAAGAAGGUGGUGUCCCAUGAAGCUGUGCUGGGAGGGAAGCUUGCGGCCAAGACGAGCUUUACUCUGAACCGAUCGGGAAGCUUGAGAGCAGAGGAUUUGACAGGAGCUGCCUUGUACCGGCGGCUCAAGGAGUAUCUCAUGACUGAGGAGCAGCUCAAGGAGAACGGCUACCCAAUGCCUCACCCGGAGAAGCCCGGCCGCGCCGUCCUCUUCACCGUGGAGGAGAAGAAAACUCUGGACUCCUCCUGCAGGAUUUGUUGCCGCUGUGGCACGGAGUACAUGGUCUCAGCCUCCGGGAGCUGCAUCCGCAAGGAGGAGUGCGUCCAUCACUGGGGAAGGCUACGCAAGCAGAGGGUGCCGGGUGGAUGGGAAACUCAUUACAGCUGCUGCUCAGGAGCUGUGGGUUCACCAGGCUGCCAGGUGGCUAAACAACAUGUGCACGAUGGGCGGAAGGAGAGCCUGGAUGGCUUCGUGAAGACUUUUGAGAAGCUGCCUACGACUGAUGGUUAUCCUGGGAUCUACGCGUUAGACUGUGAAAUGUGUUACACUAAGCAAGGCCUGGAGCUGACAAGAGUGACCGUCAUCAACUCCGACCUCAAAGUGGUCUACGACACUUUCGUCAAGCCGGACACCAAGGUGGUGGACUAUAACACCAGGUUCUCCGGGGUGACAGAGGAGGACCUGGAGAACACGAGCAUCACCCUACGGGACGUCCAGGCCGUCCUCCUGAACAUGUUCAGCGCAGACACCAUACUGAUAGGGCACAGCUUGGAAAGCGACUUAUUUGCACUAAAGCUCAUCCACGGCACCGUGGUGGACACGGCCAUCGUCUUCCCACACCGCCUGGGGCUGCCCUACAAGCGGGCCCUGCGGACGCUCAUGGCAGACUACCUCAAACGCAUCAUCCAGGACAACGUGGAAGGGCACGACUCUAGCGAGGAUGCCAGAGCCUGCAUGGAGCUCAUGGUCUGGAAGAUCAAAGAAGACGCUAAGGUGAAACGGUGACCGGCGCUCUCCUCUCCCGUUCCUCCUCCGCCUCUUUGAAGCAGUGCAAUAAACGCUCCGGGUCGCCCUGUC